AUGGGAACGCUAACACUCACAAGCUGUUGGACUGGUUUGAGUUCUAUAAACAUGAGGUUCCCUUUGAGUCCCCCAAUGGGCAGCAUUUGUUGUACUGUCAGGCAAAGAAUUGAGAAUUAUCCGAAGAAUAGAAAGUGUUUCUUAUGCAGAGAAGAAAUAUCCAAGAGACGGCAAAUUUUGUGUAAAAAUAAACUUUCUGGCAAUUUUUUUAAGUGUUUUGGUAGUGGCAGAAACAGUAGUGGUAGUAGUGAUGCGGAUGACAAAGAUUCCAACUUGGCGACUGUGGAAAAGGCGGAGGAGGAGGCCGAAGAUAGGGGUGACGGUGGCAGCAAUGAGUUUGAUUCGGUAAAGUCGCCGCCUUCUAUUUCUUCAAGGAGGCCACCAACUAUUUCUCCUGUUGGACCAGCUCAUAAUAAUUUCCAAGUUGACUCUUUUAAACUGAUGGAACUCCUUGGACCGGAGAAGGUUGAUCCUGCCGAUGUAAAGCUUAUUAAAGGAAAACUUUUUGGCUAUUCUACCUUCUGGGUGACUAGAGAGGAGUCAUUUGGAGACUUGGGAGAGGGCAUACUUUUCCUUGGAAAUCUUAGAGGAAAAAGAGAGGAAGUAUUUGACAAACUCCAGAGUCUGUUGGCUGAAAUCAUGAGUGAUAAGUACAACCUAUUUAUGGUGGAGGAACCCAAUUCAGAAGGACUGGAUCCACGAGGUGGGCCCCGUGUCAGCUUUGGUAUGCUUCGGAAAGAGGUUUCAGAACCAGGGCAUACAACACUUUGGCAGUAUGUGAUUGCUCUUUUGUUGUUCCUUCUCACCAUUGUUUCAUCUGUUGAGUUAGGAAUUGCCUCUCAGAUAAAUCGACUUCCUCCAGAGGUAGUUAAGUACUUCACAGAUCCAAAUGCAAUUGAACCUCCUGAUAUGCAGCUUCUGUAUCCAUUCGUGGAGUUUGCUUUGCCGCUAGCAUACGGUGUAUUGGGGGUUCAGCUAUUUCAUGAAGUUGGGCAUUUUCUGGCUGCUUUCCCGAAGAAAGUUAAAUUAAGCAUUCCUUACUUUAUUCCCAAUAUAACUCUUGGAAGCUUUGGUGCAAUCACUAAGAACGCAACAUUUCUGCUGAGAUAUGCACCAAGAUACUUCUCCAUGGUGGUUGAUAUUAGCAAGGAGGCUUAUUCUUUGAAUAAAUGCAUAAAUUGGAUGAGAAGCAUGCGUGAUGAUUUGAUCUGGUCGUUUAUUGCUGGCUGUUUGUUCAAAUCUAUCCUCCCUGAUCGAAAGACGAAGGUUGACAUUUCUUUAGCUGGCCCAUUUGCCAGUGUUGCGUUGUCUUUUUCAAUGUUCGCUGUUGGGCUGUUGCUUUCAUCAAAUCCAGAAGCUGCAGGAGAUCUGGUGCAGGUUCCUAGCAUGCUAUUUCAAGGCUCUUUGCUUCUUGGGCUCAUUAGUAGAGGCACUCUUGGUUAUGCAGCAAUGCAUGCAGCGGCAGUUUCAAUUCAUCCUCUUGUGAUUGCUGGCUGGUGUGGCUUAACAACAUCAGCUUUUAAUAUGCUUCCAGUUGGAUGUCUUGAUGGUGGAAGAGCUAUGCAGGGUGCAUUUGGGAAAAAUGCGCUGAUUGCAUCUGGUUUGGCAACAUACACAUUGCUUGGCUUGGGAGUGCUUGGUGGACCUUUGUCACUUCCUUGGGGAUUGUAUGUGCUGAUAUGUCAGAGGACUCCAGAGAAACCUUGCUUGAAUGACGUGACAGAAGUUGGAACUUGGAGAAGAACAGUUCUUUUAGUGGCUAUUUUUCUUGUUGUCUUGACCCUCCUCCCUGUAUGGGAUGAACUUGCUGAGGAGCUGGGUAUAGGUCUUGUAACCACAUUUUGA